AUGCUUCGUGUCUUCGGGAGGUUUUCAGCGCUGCGACGAAAUUUGGCAGCAACAUUGAACAGAAGACAUGAUGAAUUAAGACACACGUGGUACGCCGUCCUCGGGGUCAAAGAAUCGGCGACACAUGCUGAGAUUGAAGAGGCGUUUUACGACAAACUCACGAAGACAGAAAUCAACCUCAAUUCCCAAAGCGAAAAAGAGGUCGAUGAUAUUUUAGAUCAAAAUAUGAUUAUUAUGGAUGCGUAUAAGACGCUGUCGCAUCCAAGUAGAAGAAUUGAUUAUGAUGUCAAGUUGAAAAUGUACCGUCGCGGGGAUUUCAAAAAGAAAACUGAUGAAGUGAAAAGACAACGAGAUGGGGCUUUCCUCAAGUUAGAAAAACAGCAAGAUCCAGAGGAGGAAAAUAUAGAAACACUUUUGGACAAAGCGAAAGGCCUGGAGAAAGAAUUUUAUGCUGAAGCAAAAGAACAGCCAAGAUUUCUUGGAACAGCGAAAUUCGAAGAAAACUUCGAGCACAACGUCGAACACAGCCUUCGCGAAUCCCAAGCCCUCCGCCGAAACGCAUUGAAAGAGACAUUGUCUAACAUCGAGUCGGAGAAGUUAAAAGUGCCGAGCGUGCUGGGCGCCGGUGCAGAAGUGGACGCGAAUGUCAGGCGAUAUGCUAAUAUCGGUCUUGGGGCCGUUGCUUUUAUAAUCCUUGGAAUGUGGAUGUGGGGACGUAAAAAGCGACAAAACCAACGUACUAUCGAAUCUGAUGCCUUCCAAGAAGCUUAUAACAAAGAAUUACAAGCAUUGUCCAGCUUGGCUGUUUCUGAAAAAACCUCUGAUUCCAAAUAG